GAGGGGUUUUGAGGAAAGCAGCUUCCCAUAAUGAUGAAAGGGAAAGAAAAGGCUGUGAGUGGCUCAGAUGACAGGGAAUGAGUGCUCUCAGUGCUGCUGGGGUCCCUUUGGGUGGCUUUCAGGAUGUCAGGAACAGAGCUGAGGCCAUGGGUCUUGCUGUGACUAAUGUAUGAUUUUGUCACAGGUUCCACCGGGACCCAGCCCUGCUGAUAGGAUCCAGAGGACAUCCAUGUUUGUGGAAAAGCUCCCACUAACUUCAGCACAUGCUGGACCCGCUCUUUAGACUUGACUGCUGCAGACAAGCUGGUGCUUACAUUUGCAGUGGCUGUAUGACUGGACCCUGGAAAUGGGAUGUCAGUCCCAUUCAGGGAGCAUAAAGGACGAAGGAAGGUUUCCCGGUUGCUGCGGCUGUGACAGCGCGUGAGAGCCAGCGCAGGAAGAUGUCUGCGGUAACGGCAGCAGUCCCGGCUCCGCAGGGCCCUGUCAACCCGCCGCCUCCGGAGGUCACUAAUCCCAACAAGCCCGGCAGGAAGACCAACCAACUGCAAUACAUGCAAAACGUGGUGGUGAAGACCCUGUGGAAGCAUCAGUUUGCUUGGCCUUUCUACCAACCUGUUGAUGCAAUUAAAUUGAAUCUGCCGGAUUAUCACAAGAUCAUAAAAAACCCUAUGGACAUGGGGACGAUCAAGAAGCGCCUGGAACACAACUACUACUGGAGUGCCAGUGAAUGUAUGCAGGAUUUCAACACCAUGUUUACAAACUGUUACAUUUACAACAAGCCCACAGAUGACAUCGUCCUCAUGGCCCAAGCCCUGGAGAAGAUCUUCCUGCAGAAAGUUGCUCAGAUGCCUCAGGAGGAGGUUGAGUUGUUACCCCCAGUCCCUAAAGGCAAAGGUCGCAAGCCAUCAGCGGGCACACAGGGUGCAGGAGCUCCGCAAGCCGUGGCCAUGUCCUCCGUGUCCCCACCGGCCCCGUUCCAGAACGUUCCUCCAGCUGCAUCUCAGAUGCCCGUCAUUGCUGCCACCCCCGUGCCAACCAUCACCGCUAACGUCCCGCCUGUCACUGCCCCUCCUGCCGCUGCCCCCCCUCCGCCUGCUGCUCCGAUAAUGCCCGUGGUGCCCCCGACGCCACCAGUGGUCAAGAAGAAGGGCGUGAAGCGGAAAGCAGACACGACCACCCCCACCACCUCGGCCAUCACUGCCAGCCGGAGCGAGUCACCCACAGCCCUUGCAGACCCCAAGCAGGCCAAGAUCAUCGCGCGCCGGGAGAGCGGCGGCCGGCCCAUCAAGCCACCAAAGAAGGACCUUGAGGAUGGGGAAGUGCCCCAGCACGCUGGGAAGAAGGGCAAACUCUCUGAGCACCUCAAGUACUGUGACAGCAUCCUCAAGGAGAUGCUCUCAAAGAAGCACGCAGCCUACGCGUGGCCCUUUUACAAGCCUGUCGACGCGGAGGCCUUGGAGUUACAUGACUAUCAUGAUAUUAUCAAACACCCCAUGGAUCUCAGUACUGUUAAAAAAAAGAUGGACAGUCGGGAAUACCAGGAUGCACAAGGGUUUGCAGCAGACAUUCGGUUAAUGUUCUCUAAUUGUUACAAGUACAACCCUCCAGACCACGAGGUGGUAGCGAUGGCCAGGAAGCUCCAGGACGUCUUUGAGAUGAGGUUCGCAAAGAUGCCCGAUGAGCCUGCAGAGGCCCCCCCUCCACCUCCCCCGGCAGCCCCAGUGGUGAGCAAAAGCACAGAGAGCAGUCACAGCAGCGAGGAGAGCUCUUCCGACUCAGACAGCUCAGACUCAGAGGAGGAGCGAGCGACGCGGCUGGCGGAGCUGCAGGAGCAGCUGAAGGCCGUCCAUGAGCAGCUGGCUGCAUUGUCACAGGCACCAGUGAACAAACCAAAGAAAAAGAAAGAGAAGAAGGAGAAAGAGAAGAAAAAGAAAGAUAAAGAGAAGGAAAAAGAAAAGCACAAAGUGAAAGCUGAGGAGGAGAAGAAACCCAAGGUGGCUCAGCCACCAAAGCAAGCCCAACAGAAGAAGGCCCCAGCUAAGAAAGCGAACAGCACAACCACAGCUGGCAGGCAGCCCAAGAAAGGAGGCAAACAGGCAUCUGCAACCUACGAUUCAGACGAGGAGGAGGAAGGUCUGCCCAUGACCUAUGAUGAGAAACGACAGCUCAGCUUGGACAUCAACCGUUUGCCUGGGGAGAAACUGGGCAGAGUGGUACACAUCAUCCAGUCCCGGGAGCCUUCCCUCAGAGACUCCAAUCCCGAUGAGAUAGAAAUAGAUUUUGAGACAUUGAAGCCCACGACUUUACGGGAGCUGGAGCGAUACGUGAAGUCUUGUUUACAGAAAAAACAGAGGAAACCAUUUUCUGCAGGUGGGAAAAAGCAAGCAGCAAAGUCAAAAGAAGAGUUAGCUCAGGAAAAGAAGAAAGAACUAGAAAAACGGUUACAGGAUGUCAGUGGGCAGCUAAACAACAACAAGAAGCCUGCAAAGAAAGAGAAGUCUGGCUCGGCUCCCUUGGGAGGCCCUUCCCGGCUCAGCAGCAGCAGCUCCUCCGAGUCUGGGAGCAGCAGCUCCAGCGGCUCCAGCUCAGACAGCAGCGAUUCGGAAUGAGUUACGGACACUUACACCCAGCACCCAAAACGGACAUCACCUUCACCGAUGCUCUCCAGUGUUCCUUUCCUUAAUAUACUGCUCUUGCUCCAC